GGUGCGAGCUCCGUUACAUGGUCGGGAGUUUAAUCCCUCUCUCAUUUUCGUUCUCCCCUCUUGUUAUCUUUCGUUGCCGCUUUUGUCUCCGCCAUUUUCUCUGUCUUCUUCGUCUUCGCGGCGGAGAUCAAACGAGGAAUCGAAUCCAAAGUCUCUUUGCUGGGUGGUUAGAUAUAAGCUGAUAUGGCGGGUCCCGAGGGAAAGAAGAAGGAAGGGAAGAAGGCAGCUGGUGCUGGUGGAAAGAAGAAGGAAGUGAAAAAGGAAACUGGUCUCGGUCUCUCCUACAAGAAAGAUGAGAAUUUUGGAGAAUGGUAUUCUGAGGUUUGUGUCCAUGGGGAGAUGAUCGAAUACUAUGAUAUCUCUGGAUGUUAUAUCCUUCGUCCCUGGGCCAUGGCAAUUUGGGAGAUUAUGCAAACUUUCUUUGAUGCGGAAAUCAAGAAGAUGAAGGUCAAGAACUGCUACUUCCCUCUGUUUGUAUCACCUGGUGUCCUCGAGAAGGAGAAGGACCAUAUAGAGGGAUUUGCUCCUGAGGUUGCUUGGGUUACAAAAUCAGGCAAAUCUGAACUGGAAGUUCCAAUUGCUAUCCGCCCAACUAGUGAGACUGUGAUGUAUCCAUACUACUCCAAGUGGAUACGAGGACACCGUGACUUGCCUUUGAGGCUUAACCAAUGGUGCAAUGUUGUCAGAUGGGAGUUCAGCAAUCCCACUCCAUUUAUCAGGAGCCGUGAGUUCCUCUGGCAGGAAGGGCACACUGCUUUCGCCACUAAAGAAGAGGCUGAUGAAGAGGUUCUUCAAAUAUUGGAACUUUACCGUCGCAUUUAUGAAGAAUUCCUAGCAAUCCCAGUCGUAAAAGGUAUGAAGAGUGAAAACGAGAAGUUUGCUGGUGGACUCUACACCACAAGUGUAGAGGCUUUCAUUCCUAACACGGGCCGUGGUGUACAAGGUGCAACAUCGCAUUGUUUGGGCCAAAACUUUGCGAAGAUGUUCGAUAUUAACUUUGAAAACGAGAAAGGAGAGAAAGGGAUGGUGUGGCAAAAUUCUUGGGCAUACAGUACUAGAACGAUUGGAGUUCUAAUCAUGACCCAUGGAGAUGACAAAGGCUUGGUGCUCCCUCCCAAAGUUGCAUCUGUUCAAGUUGUUGUGAUCCCUGUGCCUUACAAAGAUGCCGAUACCAAGGGAAUAUUCGAUGCAUGUGCUGCCACUGUAUCUGCCUUGUCGGAAGCAGGUAUUUCUGCUGAAGCAGAUUUUAGAGACAACUACUCACCUGGCUGGAAGUACUCUCACUGGGAAAUGAAGGGUGUUCCAUUAAGAAUUGAAAUUGGACCCAAAGAUUUGGCCAACAACCAGGUCAGGACAGUGAGGCGAGACAAUGGGGUGAAGACAGAUAUCUCGAGAGACAGCUUAGUCGAACAAGUUAAGGAGAUCCUUGACAAGAUACAGCAGAACCUGUACGAGGUGGCGAAGCAAAAGAAGGAUGCCUGUGUUCAAGUGGCCAAAACUUGGGACGAAUUUGUGGAAGCGCUCGGCCAAAAGAAAUUGAUCUUAGCUCCAUGGUGUGAUGAAGAAGAAGUGGAGAGGGAUGUGAAGGCACGGACCAAAGGUGAAAUGGGAGCAGCUAAGUCACUCUGCUCCCCAUUCGACCAGCCUGAACUCCCCGAAGGCACCCUUUGCUUUGCCUCGGGGAAACCAGCCAAGAAGUGGACCUACUGGGGAAGGAGUUACUAAAUUUUCAAUGUCACGUCGCUGCGUUUUUUUUCUGUCUGCUGAUAAAAUCCUGUUGCUGUCUGCUGAAAUGUCAUAAACGACCGGAAAUUUCUUAUUUUGCGGCUUAAAAGGCGCUUCUAUUUAUUCAGUUUUGAGCGAAACCGUUGAUUGAUGUGAUUUUGUAACCCUCCUGCCCUUUUUUAUUUGGCGUGCGUAA